AUGCUGUCCUAUGACUCCAGCCAGGGAAGCCUGUUGACUCUCUUACCGCCGGAAUUGCUUAUCAGAAUCUUUGGAACUUUGGGAUGGCGCGAGAUCUUGAAUCUGCGACGAGUAUGUAGGUUAUUCGACGACAUAUCGCACGCUCGGCCCGUCUGGGUCUCUGUUUUCACCCGCUAUAAAACCACGGUCGUGCCAAGACCUUUUCAUCAGUACCAACCUGUCGACACAUACUCGUCGAAGGAACUUGAAAAAACCGUAUUGAAGUGGCAAAGAACCGAGCUCGCAUGGGAUGCGGACGACGCAUCUCCGCUUCGUCGACCAGCCAUCAAUAUAAAGAGCCAUAUCGGCCCCGUCAGUGCCGUCCAUUUCAUCGAGGGCGGGCGGUGGAUCCUCGCUGCCUCUAAGCGUGGAGGGCGAGUAUACUGCUACGACCUCGACAGGAAGAAGCUCACUCCUUUCUCUCUCAUCCCCACCCCCUUCGAGAAAGACGCCGAGGUUGAUGUUCUCUCCAUCUCGGUCGACAUGGACUACUCCGCCGAGCUAUUCACCUUCAACGUCGCCCUAUUCCUAAGACGUCGAGCAUCCAAGAUUACAAAUAUUACCACUGGCCCGCAUUCUGAAAAGCGGUUGAUUCAAGUGUGGCGCGUUUCUGCGGAAUGGAACAGCGUUUCCCAGAAAACUAAACUGGCGGCUCGACUCUUAUCAUCCUUUCCCGAGGAAACGAUCAUCCACCCAGGCUCGCUUUCCUUGCUCGGCUCACAUCUGGCUUAUUCAUUUGACAAUUUACGAUGCACCGUGAUUGUUGAGUGGGCAGCUGUUGGUGGUGUAAACAUUGACUUUCCACGAAAAUAUCUCCCAGGGAUUUGUGGCCAAUCUCUCGCCCUUCUACCUAAUAAGCAAAUACUCGUUUCGCAUUCAGAGAAACUCGAGCUCUGGGACUACAACAUGCUACCCGAAUCGUCCCUUCUCCCUUCUCAGCAAGAUUUUUCGAGGGUUCGGACUUUGUGGAGCUCCCACCAUAUUCAUCUUCCAUUUAACCACAUUCUCCGACCAUUGGUCACCCACGACAUGACUAGAAUUGUGCUGGACACCAUGGAUGGUCUACAUGGUUUGAUUGUCCCUUGCCCCGGCUCCAUCGACGAAGAAGUGCAACCUCCUUCCAUUGUGCCCUUGUUCCAGUGGCUAUCGCACCCUCACUUUAUGACCUUCUCUUUUCAUAAAGCGAUACUAGUCACAUUCCCUGAGACCGGGACUAUCCGAUUUAGUUGGCCCGAUGAGAAGAGGACUAUGUGGACAACUCGUAAGGAGUCGAUAUUCAAGGAAAGGCAGGGUUUUAGUUUCUCAAUGGAUGAGAGUAGUGGACGCAUUCUGGUAUGGAACAAUCAGUCUUCCUCCUACUUCAUCGUGGAAUGGGUGGGACCCCUGGUGGCAACUGGAGAAGAAAGAGAGGAAUCGGCAGAGGCCCCGGCUUCGAAUUUGGAAGGAAUCGAACAAACAACCUACCUCAAUGUAUAG